UGAGCUUAGAUUCUGGUAGUUUCUCUUGAUCGGCAUUUUCAGGCCAGUUUUUUUUUUGAGGAAGGAUGAUGACAUGGCUGCUUGGAAUUUGGAUUUCAUGGCUGAUAUUGCUUGUGGCUUCAGCGCAGAAGCCGUUCGAUGUGGUGCCAGCAUCACAGAAGUUAAAUGUGGCAGCGUCACAAAGUUUCAACCAAAGAUCAGGCCUGAAGACUGAAUGUCUGGGGAGUUUUUUCAAGCUGUCCGUGGAUAAAUCUUUAGCUUUUGGAAGUCGGUUGGAGUUCGAUGCCAUCAAUGGCACGCAGAUCGAAGCUUUGACUCCACGCUUGGCAGACAAAUGCGGCUUUAGCGUCGCCUCUGACCCCUGGGGUAACACCAACGUCUAUGCGUCUCUCCUGAACUGUUUUGCGGGGAAUAUGGACGAUGCCGUAUUCGAUAUUGACAUGCGAGUCCGGGUGCUUGGUGCCAAAGGAGAGCAAGAUGUCUUUGAGGUGGAAAAGACCUGCAACUAUGACAAAUGGGCUCCUCGUGAAAUUCUUUGCAAUCGGAAUUAUAUGGAGGUUUCUGUUAACCGAUUGCCUGGGGAUAUCACUGCCCUGCACAGACCGCCUAAGCUUGGCCGUUCACAGAUGUUUGAUGACCAGUGGACCAAUACGGUUUCAGAGGCGAUUACCUCUAGAUACAACAUCUGGAGAAUUAUGUUCUUUACUCCUCAACAAAAAGCAAUGCUUUUGGUGGAUGCACUGAAUUCAGGAUAUAGCAUAACAACAACGAAGUCUCGCUUGGUGUUGCGAAGUGCUUAUGACAUGCCUGAGACUUAUGUGGAAAAUGUGAACGGUGUGCCAAUGAAAAUUAUCAGGGUUACCACCUAUUUCAAGAAACAGUGGUCUGUAACAAUGUUGGACACUGUUGCUGCAUGUCCAACUGGUGGGCUUGUUUAUACCGAUGAAAUGAUCACAUGGAACUUCCCUCGGAUCAACCCUCUAAUGGAUUCUACCGACACCAAGAUCCUCGGGAUGUUUAUGGGAAUAGAUGGGAAACAAAUCGACACUGCAUACAUGGCUGCCAGAGGCUACUCCUUGACAAUGGAAGACGCUCUCAUUGUAAUGAAACUACCUAUGGGAGGCCCAGAUGGAUACUACAAGAGUCACGCUGUGAAUAACCAGUAUCAUAUCAGAUACAACAUAGAAGCGAUGCUGGAGUUAUUGUGGAGCGACGGUGGCACAGAUACUACAAAGUACAAGGUUAUCUUUCCGAUCAAGACCCCGCUUGUGUCUGGACUGCCCCAGCUUGUUGACAACACUGAUUCCCAACUGAAGAUGUUUGAUGUGCUCCUGGGUCCUUUUCUUUACGAUGUCGACUUUGUAAACAUCACCUUUUCCACCGGUGUUCUCACCGUUGCUGAAGCCACCGCAAGAGGCGUUAUCAUAGAGGAGCAUCGCUUCCCAAAUGGCUCAAAGACCAUCAGGCUUCAAGUGCCCUUUUCAGAUCUGUUCGUGAUCAAAUCUCAAGUGGAUUUGAUCAUGACUGUCUAUACUCUCCCACUCAUCUUCGGUUUUAUGAUCCUGCCCGAAUACACGCCUUUCUCCUACUCUACAUCUGUUGAAGUGACUCUUCAUGAUGUCGUUCUCCCGACUAUAACCGGGAAAUGCGAUAAGGAAAAGUUCUACAUCCAGAUUUUGUUUGGGAGUGCGGGCAAGGGAUUUAGCGUUCUGCUGGGGAAACAUGACUUGACUCCAGAGAGGAAGGCCGAGUAUGAAGUGAAGGAGAAUGGCACACACAUGAGCUUAGCAGUACCUUUCCUGGCAUCUGAUGUUGCGUUUGAGCUGAUGUACCCAUCAUCACUGAAGGCACGGCUUGACGUGUUGGUACAGGAGCCUGUCAACAAAUGGAAUCUUGGUGACUUUUCGCUGUCUUGCAACUUUCCCAUGACAAUGACUGAGUGUUACAGCAAUGGUUCCAUGUCAGCGCUGGCUGUGAAGGUUGAAUCUGUGACCCAACUCUCGCCCCGUCAGCUUACCCUCAGAGAUCCUUCAUGCAAACCCAAAUUCAGCAACGACCGCUUUGCCUACUUCACAUUUAAUGCAAACAGUUGCGGAACAUCUAGAACGUUUUAUGAUGGGGUGAUGAUGUAUCAGAAUGAAAUCUCUUUGGAUAACGCACCAGUGUAUCAGCAGCCUAAAACAGGGGAGCCUAUUACUCUUCCUGAUGCAGAUUACCAUGUGACUGUAUCCUGCUUUUACACACUAAAUGACACCCAGACGAUUGCGUUCUUCACAAAGCCGCGAGAAAGCGAACCUCUUCCAGAAACUGGUUUUGGGGUGCUUGAUGUUAUACUGAGACUUGCCUUGGAUGGCUCUUAUAACGCAUUCUAUCUAGAGGAGAAUUACCCAGUUGUCCAGUACUUAAGGAGUCCUCUGUUCUUUGAGGUGGCGCUGCUUCAGUCCUCUGACCCUCAGAUAGAGCUUGUCUUGGAGAACUGUUGGGCUACUUUAAGAGACGACCGGAACUCUACUCCAAGAUGGGACUUGAUUGUAGAUGGCUGUGUGAAUAUGGCUGACCGUUAUGAAACUGUUCUCCAUCCCGUGGCUUCUGGCCAGGUUCAGUUCCCAACUCACGUGAAGCGUUUUGAAAUGCAGAUGUUUGCUUUCGUGCAGCAGAAUGUCAUUCUCAAAGAUCAGAUGUUUGUCCACUGUGAUGCUGUGCUUUGUGAUAUCAAUCAGAUUGAUGGUAUCUGCAAGAGACCGUGUCCCUAUUCCAGUCCUUUGAAGACCAGUAAAGUACGAAGAGACAUCGCAAGUGAUCGAUUGCAGAGAAUGCAGCUGUCAUCGGGAAAAAUAAUGCUCUCAAGCUCUUAG